GAGUAAGUAAGCAAAUCCCGACCUAUCCUCACCUCGGAUAUUUUACAAAUCAUACCUUAGGUAAGGAAGUAUGCAUGUAGGUAGGUAGCCUUGGGUCAUUUGUACGCAUCUCAUCUCGCUCCCCGCAUUUGGUAUCCCUACCUAUGUAGGUAGGUAGUGAGUAACGCAUACCUACGUAACCUCGAGUGUGUCUGCUGAGAGAAUGACGACGAAAUAUGGUAUUUUGCGAUGACCCACGCUAAUUCCUAAUACAGUAAUUAUCGAGGCCUCUAACCCCGGUGCCCCGGAUACGUCGCUCUUUCGCUAAGGAAUUCUUCCGAUACGACAGCGGUCACGAAGGAUUCUUCAACAAUUCACUAGUGGCACCUGCGAUUACGGGGUUACGAGAAAGAAGUAGGUAGGUACUAAUAGUAAAGAUAGUAGGUAAGGGGGUGUGGUGUGCUGGAUUUGACCUGACGGGACCUACCCGUAGCGCCUCCCCACAUCCCUCGCUUUCGCCCUUCGCCCUUCGCCCUUCGCCCGUCACCCGUCACCCCGUCACCUUCCCGUGACCACCUCUUGUAUGGGUAACCUUAACCUUGUAGGAGCGGUGUUGGUACGGUGCUACCGCUGUGCUGUUGCUGCUGCUGCUGCUGCGGAUUGUCCUCUGCUGCUCUUAAGCUCGUCCCAGCGUCAGCGUCACAGUCACAUCCCUUCCCUCGCUUCCCUCGCUUCCCUCCACACCAUGGACCACCUCACUUCGCGCUUUCGCCGCACCAAGAGGGAGUCCCCGAGAGCGUCCCCCACGACGCCGUCGACUCAGCAUCCUUCUCCAACUUCGCCAACUUCUGCUGACGCCAAGCCCGCCGUUCCAUCUCUUUCCAUCACCACCACGCCCCUGACGACGCCGCCGGCGUCCAGCAAUGGCUCUCACAGCCUGUUGCCCAAGUCUCCUCUCCGCAGCUUCGGUCCUUUCCGCACGGCCCGUAAGAGAGCACGUUCGCCGCCAGCACUGCAAACCACCAACUUCCCUGCUGCCGUCAUGGCUAAUCCGUCGCCCGCUGACACACCUGUCGACACGCCCGUUGACGAGUCUGUGACCCCGUCCGAGCGCUCCCAUAAGCCACAGUUACCACCCUUCCUAAAUCUCCCCGACGCAAUAAUCGGGUCCAGGUUUCAGGACCUUAUUUACCGCGAGCGUCUCCGCAGCCAGCAGGGUCUCCAGAAUCCCUCGUCAAACUUUCAAUUCGCACGACUCCUAUCCCCCGAGACUAGGCUGCUGGACCGCUACAGAGAUAUCCAACCAUGGGCCAACAAUCGUGUUCGUCUUCCCGUGCCCGAAGGCAAACUUGACUACAUCAACGCCUCUCCGAUCGUCUCCCCAUCGCCGCUCUGUCCAGAUACGCUCCCAAGUUUCAACUACAUUGCCAUGCAAGGACCCAAGGCGAAUACGGUUGAACACACCUGGCGGAUGGUUGCUCAGAUGCAAAGUCCAGCCGUUAUAGUCAUGCUUACCGAUACACACGAGAACUUUAUGGAGAAAUGUUACCCAUACUUUCCUCGUAACUCGCAUACCGAAGGAAUCGAGAUUGGCGAGAUGGACGAGUUUGAGGACGGCUUCCGUGCUCGGAUCGAAUGUGUCAGCCUGGAAGAGAGGCACGCAGGUGCUAUACAAUUGCGUAAACUAAAUCUCCACGUAGACGGCCGCGGUGAUACUGCUGUCUGGCAUCUUCUGUACCGAAAAUGGCCCGAUUUUGGUGUUCCGAACGUGGAUGAUUACGACGGCUUUUUUGAACUCAUGAGGCUCUCCAGGGAUUUGAACUCCAGCACAGAUAACCCUCGUAUCAUCCAUUGUUCUGCUGGAGUCGGACGAACCGGUACAUUUAUAGCCCUAGAGACUCUGAUGCGUGAUAUUAAUGAAGGAGCUAUGGACCACCUAGACCUGGAUCCGGACGAUGAAGAUUCUGACCCUGUUUUCAGAACUGUCAAUCAUCUGCGUGAGCAGCGGCGCAUGAUGGUACAAGCUGACAGCCAGUACGCCUUCAUCUACAGGGUACUGCGUCGGCACUGGCUCGAAAGGCAUGAUCUUAUAGACCACGCCACGGAUAAUGAACGCGCAUGCAAGAGAAAUCAUACUACACCCCUGAGAAAAACUACACUUGGGCAGGUGCGCAGGUCGCGCCGUGCCCGACCAGCUCCUCCAGUCAUCGACGACAGCAGCGAUGAUUCAACGCCAGGUGGUGCAUCCCUCCGUGACACAGAAACCUAAUCCUAUACAUAAGCAAUGAGACCACGACGACGUAUAUCUUCUCAAACUUGGUGGCAUAUUUCUACGCUAUCCCCCCUUUAUAUAGACUAAUAUGGGUUUGAGAUUCACGCGCCAACAUAUAAUAGCAACCUCAAUCGUGGGCCAUUUCGAUUUACGCGUCCUACGACGCGUGUACAGAUAACCUGGUUUGGUAUCAUAUGACAAAAGGCUUGCAUUCCAUUGGCGAAUAGGAAAAUUCUUGGGGAUUGUUAACAGGGAAACGAACAGGGGGGGGACGAGCAUCUUUGUAUUACCACGAUUGAGACAGGAGUACAGGGGAAAACCGGCGCCUGGCCCUGACCUGAUAGAAGGGCUGGACCAUGAUGAUGAACUGUUUCGUUCUAGAUACCCCUUCCUGCAUGCUUUUAUUAGAGAUAGAUUCAAGGCAUAUAAUUGCUUAUUACUCGUAUGAGAUACGGAUUCACUCAGAUCAUUGUUCACCGUGUCUUUGGGCGGAUUUGAGUACCAUUCGUUACCUCUGUAUAGUUCUAGCUACCUAUCCACGUCUACAGUCUGGGAGAUUAAAAACUUUUACAUAGUCUCAUACGUACCCAAAGAUAAUUAAGAGGCGCAUAGCGUAUUACUCGUCUCUAGUUAUAUCAGAACGAUCAAAACCCAUCUCACCCG